UCAGCUCAUCCCUUCAACAAAACCCAAACUUGACGCAAACGAGCAUCGUGAAUCUAACCUAUUUAAUCGGCACGUGUGUUGUAUCAUAAAGAUAAAUGUGUAUUUAAAAGUAACUAUUCUAGUUUCACAUUAAAUAUUGUGUUAUUUGAAAAUUCUCAACAAUGACGGAAGUUCUGCAACCGGGUACCGAAGUGUUUUCUGAGAAAAAGAAGAAGAAAAGCAAGGAGCAAGUGACGCUGGGCGCAUUUCAAAAGUUAGGCGACUUUAAAAUUGAACCUUCGGAAUGUGUAAGCAAGUUAGAUACGGCGUACUGGCCUCUAUUAUUGAAAAACUUCGACAGACUUAACGUACGUACUAACCAUUACACACCUUUGCCUUUCGGUCAUUCUCCUUUGAAGCGUCCUAUUGCUGAUUAUGUCAAGUCUGGAUUUAUUAACGUUGACAAGCCGAGUAACCCGAGUUCUCAUGAAGUUGUAUCAUGGAUUAAACGCAUUCUCAAAGUCGAGAAGACUGGACACAGCGGCACACUCGAUCCUAAGGUAACUGGUUGCUUGAUCGUGUGUGUAGACAAGGCCACGAGGUUGGUUAAAUCUCAGCAGAACGCCGGUAAGGAGUAUGUAGCCGUGUUCAGCCUACAUUCCGCAGUAGAAAGCAUUAAAAAAGUAACACAAGGCCUUGAGAAACUCCGUGGUGCUCUAUUCCAGCGUCCUCCACUCAUUUCAGCAGUUAAACGUCAACUCCGUGUUAGAUCUGUGUAUGACAGUAAACUUCUAGACUUUGAUGAGGAGAAGAACAUCGGGGUAUUCUGGGUUAGUUGUGAAGCGGGCUCUUAUAUCCGUACAAUGUGUGUUCACUUGGGUUUGAUGCUUGGUGUUGGUGGACAAAUGAUUGAGCUUCGUAGAGUACGUUCCGGUAUUCAAGGGGAAAAAGAAGGCAUGGUAACAAUGCAUGAUAUAUUAGACGCACAAUGGGCAUACGAGAAUCAUAAAGACGAAAGUUACCUGCGUCGAGUUAUCAAACCUCUGGAAGGUUUGUUAGUUGCACAUAAGAGGAUAUUCAUUAAAGACAGUGCGGUUAAUGCUGUAUGCUACGGUGCUAAAGUCCUCCUACCUGGUGUAUUGAGAUAUGAAGAUGGAAUAGAAAUAGAUCAAGAAAUAGUUAUUGUUACUACUAAAGGUGAAGCGGUGGCACUAGCUGUUGCUCUUAUGACGACUGCAACUAUGGCGUCUUGUGACCAUGGAGUAGUUGCAAAACUAAAACGUGUAAUCAUGGAAAGAGAUACUUAUCCGAGAAAAUGGGGAUUAGGACCAAAAGCAUCUCAGAAGAAGCAGUUAAUCCAGCUGGGAAAACUGGAUAAAUAUGGUAAACCGAAUGAGAACACACCGGCAGAAUGGCUCAACAGUUAUGUAGACUUUAAAGGCAAGAAAGCAGCAGAUAAAGAAGAAAAUGGUGACAAUGAUAUGGAAGUGGAUAGCAGGAAACGAACAGCUAGUACAGCAAAUGCUGAUGAUCCUGAUAAUUCAGUAGAAGUGAAGGCAGAGAAGAAGAAGAAAAAGAAAAAGCGCGAUCAAGAAGAGAACGAGGCUGAUACAACUGUAGAGGCAGCGGCAGAAGAACAAACGGCAGAUGAUUCAGUACGUAAAGAGAAGAAGAAGAAAAAGAAGAAGGAUAAAGACAAUGAAAGACAAGAAGAAUAAAUGAGUGACAUGGACAAUUUUUUAAUUUGUAACGUAAUAGUUUUUUAAGUGUCAAGAACCUUGAUAGCUUAUAAUUUAGAGAGCAUGGCUGUCAUAAAUGUGUUCGAGUAAUAAUGAAAUAUAUAUGUUGAAGGAGUGUUUAUAAAAAUUUCACAU